ACUCCACAAUACACGUACACCGAUCAACAUACACUACAGAGAUACAAUAUUCAAACUGUUGAGCGCAAGUUGCUACAGCUAGGUUCUGGGCUCAACGGGCAUUAGCACCCCUUUACAUCUGCCCAACGUGUCCUAUCGUACCCGGGGCCUUGCAAUGCGCCUUUAUGAGACAGGCUUCGCAAUCUCUAUGGCCAAGAUCAGAUCUGUCGAGCUCGUUUCACUAUUCAGAAUUGAGCCACGCGAACCGGGUCGCCCUUUACUCAUUUACUAACACAUCGCUACCAUUCGGUUCUCUUACAAAAUCAAUUUUCUCAAUAAGAUGCUGGUUCAGCGCCAUCCAUCUUUUCUGCUACUGCUUUCGCGUCUGUUGGGCUAUAUUUCUUUUCAU